CACGAUUUUAGAGAUCCAGACUGACAUGUGCCUGAUAGAAACAGCGCGGCUGACAGGCAACCAAGGUGCUGUAGCGGCUUCUCCCAGGUUAUGGAUCUCGAGGUCGAACCCGAGGAGGUGAGCCAGGAGCAGGACGAUGAGCAGCAGCCGUCCUAUGACGAUUACUACCGCAAGCUGGAAAAGUAUCUGCAGGUUGUGGUGGCGAACUUGCCGCCCGCCGUCCCACCGCCGCCUAUCCACGAACACUUGGCGGCCCAGACAUUGGAAUCGAGCAAGCUGUUGCUGCAGCCGCCGCCGAACCUGUUCAAGUCCACCUUCGAGGCGGCGCAUCGGCAGUCCACCGGGGAGCUGUGGCUGCAGAGGCACAUCGCAGCCUUCGAUGCAGGGAACCGCCGGAAGCGCAAGGAGGUCUUGGAAGAGUUCCUGGAGUAUGUGAAGCAAAGCACGCUUACUGGCAUGGAGGAGCUCUUCUCUAAAGAGGCGCACCUCUUCUUGGCGCGGCUCACCAGUUGGUUCUCCAUCACCUUGCCUUUGCUCUACGAGCUUCCCUUGCAGCUGAAGGUCUUCCUGGUUUUCCUGGAGUUCCGGGAGCAGUCAAUCGUCCGGGCCUUCUUCGAGUCUGGCGCCGUGGUGGCGCUCAUGAACACCUUGGGCACUGACUUCGACGCCCCGGACGAGGUCCGGUGCCUGGCUGUCCUGGUGCUGCACCGAUUGGCCAUAGGCGGCCGUGCUCACAAAGAGGUGCUUUGCUCAAAGGGCUUGGUGCCUGCCUUGGUAGAAUGCGUGCUGGACGGCCUCAUGUGGGAGACCAUCAAAUGCUCGGGGGACUUGUUGUGCGAGCUCUUCCGGUCCAACCCCGUGCACCAGGCGGCGGUGGCGGAGGCGCUGCUGGCGCUGCUGGGCCCCCGGCCGCCCCUGGCGCAGCGCACGGCGCUCAAGGCCUUGGCGCAGCUCACCGCCGAGGGCUACGCGCGACCUGAUUGGCCCACCCAGCUGUUGCCCCGCCUGCUGCUACUCAUGGAUGGCGCCGACCUGCGUGUCAGUGCCGACAGUUAUUGCCUCGUCUGUGGUGUGGUGCGCGCCUUCAACUGCGACACCAUGCUCUGGGACUUUGCCCGCGACCAGCUGCGGCAAUGGCAGGACACAGACACCUGGCUGGAGCUCGAGGUAGCCGCCUCCAACGCCGACGCUGUGGCUGCCGAGAACGGGGACGAGCCUGCGAGGCUGAAGCGGCAGACAGACGCGCAGAUCGCUCGGCUUCGGGGCAAAGGCGACUACACCGAGUCUUGCCGUGGCGAGGCAGUGCAUGUGCUCAAGCUUGGACUGGUGAUGUUCCUCACCAAGCGCAGUAAGGACUUGUGCCGGGAGCUGGUGAACAAGGGCCUUACAGAGGCUCUUCUCAUGUGCCUCCUUGACGUGUCCAAGCCGAUCAGACAGGCAGCCGCCAUCACGGAGGUCCACGCCCUGCAGCUGCUGUCCCCUAAAGCGCGGGAGAUCGUGGCCUCGAUCCUGGUGAAGCGGGAGAUGCGGCGGGCGCUCACCGCGGAGCAGUUCUCCGCCGCCGGGCGGCCCGAGGACUUUGCGCGGGCGCGGCUGCGGCUGCGCCAGCUCCGCCGAGGUGUUCUUGGCAAUGUCGGCACCAACUCCGCAGAUGAGCACGAUCUUCAUCAGCGGAUCCUGGAGCACCGCAUGGCGGACCUCCUCGGGCCGGAGGCGACUUCGGCGGCCUUCCUCACCGAGGGCCCGCAGGCCGAGGAAGCCGAGGACACGGAGGAGGUGUCGCGCUCGGAUGGCUACGGGGUGCACCGCGUGCCAGUGGGCUCCGCGACUGGCGUCGUCUCCGAAUCUGCCGUGGCGCGGGGGUACGACCUGGAGCAUACCGCCCAGGAUGCCAUCCAAGAGCCAGCCGUCUUAGCGGCGCUGCGGAACGUGCUCUCGGAACCCUUGACCCUGGAGUCGGCCAAGCAGAGCGCCUUGCUCCAGGAAGUGGAGAGCCUUUGCCUCAGCGCCAGGCGAGCCCCGCAGAUCCAGGCGCAGGUGUCGGCCACAGCGCAGCGGCAGCGGCGACUCUCUGUGCUGAAGGCCUCACACCAUGCCUCAGCCCAACACCGGCGCGCUCUAGCACUGCGACUGGCCGGGCCGAAGGCCAGGGCCUUCCCGGACUUUGCGGAUGGAGCCUCGGAGACCUCGGAGGCCACGAGCCUGGUGUGCGUGGCCGAGGCCAAGGACACCAAUGCCAUGGCACGGGCCGCGCAGAAUGUGGGCUGGGAGCGUGCGUCCUCCAAGACGCGCAAGGCCAAGGCAGGCCUGGAGCUGUCCAUGGCUGACACCUCCAUCGGCCCGGACGCCUCUCAGGAGUUCUCCGGCGAGAUCUCCCAAGAGCUCUUGUCGUCUCAUCUGGACUCCAUGGCGGUCCGGGCCUCCGAGACAACAGGCCACAACAACUCCAUGAUGUCGGCCAGCAGCAUGAUCGAGGACAGCCACGCGCCUGCAGCUGGCGAAACUCUGGCGGAGAUAGAGGAGGAGGAGGAGGCGCGGCCCAAGCUGCUGCAGACGGCGGGCCUCGCGGCCUUGGUGGCGCUGCCGGAAGGUCGCGGGAGCUUUGGGAAGAAGCUACUUUGCGUGGCGGCGCCUCCCUACCACAACUGCGUGGCCUUUGCGAAUGAGAUCAGGGACGAACGCUCGGCUGACCCCCCACGAUCGCGGCAGCUACUGGAUAGGAUCAGCUUUCUGAGGCGGGGAAGUUCCCAAGACGAUGGCUGCGCCAUGACAAGGUGCCUACGCCCCGGCGCAACACGGCACUGGAUGCCCUGCCUCCGUUGCCGGUGUCUGCCCGAGAGAAGCUGCGCCCAAGCUACGUUGACAAGCGCGGUGGCUUGCCCGCCCAGCCGCUGAACUUGAUGGAGUAUUUCCCCGCCAGCAAGCGCCGCAUCGAUGGCAGCCUCUGAGCUGAGCGGGAGCAAGCGCUCUGAGCCCGAGCCACACCUGUCGAAAGGGGCGC